UACGUUCGAUUUGCACUUUGUUAAAAAACACCGAGCUCUCAUGACCCAAGUGCACAGACGUUGUACUAGUAAACUAAACUGAAGAUGCCAACGCAAAGUGUACUUAUCCGAGAUUCCUCUUUUCUGACGAGGGUACUGCAGCAGUAUUUGAGUUUGUUAAAGAAAUAUCCAAUCAUCACCAAAUCGGUUACGAGUGGUAUUCUCUCUGCUUUGGGAAAUCUACUGUCUCAAGCUUUGGAGUACAGGAAGAGCAACAAAGAAAAUAGCCCAAAAAAGAAAAUCAAUGUUCUGGGACCUGUACACUUUGCAAUAUUUGGACUUUUUAUCACAGGUCCAGUCAGUCAUUACUUCUACCAUCUCCUGGAGGUGCUGUUGCCUAACACUGUCCCAUACUGCCUGAUCAAGCGCCUUCUGCUGGAACGUCUAAUAUUCGCUCCUGCUUUCCUCUUGCUCUUUUAUGUGGUUAUGAAUGCUUUG